CUUGUCUUUAACAAGACUCAAGGACUUACUCAUGCCAUCUUUCGGGAACCACAGGAUUUCGUCUUUGCUUUUUGCAGAUGACGUUGUCCUGUUGGCUUCAUCGGACCGGGACCUUCAGCAUGUGCUGGGGCGGUUUGAGGCCGAGUGCGACGCAUCAGGGAUGAGAAUCGGCACCUCCAAGACCGAGGCCAUGGUUCUCCAUCGGGAAAGGGUGGCGUGGAGAAGUCCUGCCAUCAGGUGGAGGAGUUCAAGUAUCUCGGGGUCGGUGUUCCGGACCGUCGUGGUGAAGAAGGAGCUGAGUCGAAAGAAUCAUAAAGGAAGACCCAAAAGAUACUGCUGUCGUCAUUGCAAGCAAGUCUUCACCACUUCAUCAAACCUGAAGAUCCAUAAGAAAACUCACACUGGUGAUAAACCAUACAGCUGUGAUCAGUGUGGAGCGGCUUUUGCCCUGCAAGGUAACCUAACGACUCACCAGCGUAUUCACACUGGAGACAAGCCUUACAAGUGUGAUCAGUGUGGAGUGGCUUUUGCCCAUCAAAGUAACCUAACGACUCACCAACGUAUUCACACUGGAGACAAGCCUUACAGGUGUGAUCAGUGUGGAGCGGCUUUUGCCCAGCAAGGUGCUCUAACGACUCAUCAACGUAUUCACACUGGAAACAAGCCUUACAGAUGUGAUCAGUGUGGAACGGCUUUUGCCCUGCAAAGUGCUCUAAUAAGACACCAACGUAUUCACACUGGAGACAAGCCUUACAGAUGUGAUCAGUGUGGAGCGGCUUUUGCCCUGCAAGGUAACCUAACGACUCACCAGCGUAUUCACACGGGAGACAAGCCUUACAGGUGUGAUCAGUGUGGAGUGGCUUUUGCCCAUCAAAGUAACCUAACGACUCACCAACGUAUUCACACUGGAGACAAGCCUUACAGCUGUGAUCAGUGUGGAGCGGCUUUUGCCCAGAAAACUGCUCUAACGACUCACCAACGUAUUCACACUGGAGACAAGCCUUACAGCUGUGAUCAGUGUGGAGCAGCUUUUGCCCAGCAAAGUAACCUAACGACUCACCAACGGAUUCACACUGGAGACAAGCCUUACAGGUGUGAUCAGUGUGGAGCAGCUUUUGCCCAGCAAGGUCAUUUGACGAGUCACCAACGUAUUCACACUGGAGACAAGCCUUACAGGUGUGAUAAGUGUGGAGCAGCUUUUGCCCAUCAAAUUGAUCUAACGAGACACCGACGUAUUCACACUGGAGAGAAGCCUUACAGGUGUGAUCAGUGUGGAGCAGCUUUUGCCCUGCAAGGUCAUUUGACGAGUCACCAACGUAUUCACACUGGAGACAAGCCUUACAGGUGUGAUAAGUGUGGAGCAGCUUUUGCCCAUCAAAUUGAUCUAACGAGACACCGACGUAUUCACACUGGAGAGAAGCCUUACAGGUGUGAUCAGUGUGGAGCAGCUUUUGCCCAGCGAGGUCAUUUGACGAGUCACCAACGUAUUCACACUGGAGACAAGCCUUACAGAUGUGAUCAGUGUGGAGCGGCUUUUGCCCGGCAAGGUGAUUUGACGAGUCACCAACGUAUUCACACUGGAGACAAGCCUUACAGGUGUGAUCAGUGUGGUGCGGCUUUUACCCAGCGAGGUCAUUUGACGAGUCACCAACGUAUUCACUCUGGAGACAAGCCUUACAGGUGUGAUCAGUGUGGAGCGGCUUUUACCCAGCAAGGUGCUCUAACGACUCACCAACGUAUUCACACUGGAGACAAGCCUUACAGAUGUGAUCAGUGUGGAGCGGCUUUUACCCAGCAAGGUGCCCUAACGACUCACCAACGUAUUCACACUGGAGACAAGCCUUACAGAUGUGAUCAGUGUGGAGCGGCUUUUACCCAUAAAAGUCACCUAACGAGUCACCAACGUAUUCACACUGGAGACAAGCCUUACAGGUGUGAUCAGUGUGGAGUUGCUUUUGUCCAGCAAAGUGAUCUAAAGCGACAUCAACGUAUUCAUACUGGAGACAAGCCUUACAGAUGUGAUCAGUGUGGAGCGGCUUUUGCCCAGCAAGCUCAUUUGACGAGUCACCAACGUAUUCACACUGGGGAAAAGCCUUACAGAUGCGAUCAGUGUGGAUCGGCUUUUGCCCGGCCAGAUCAUUUGACGACUCACCAACGUAUUCACACUGGGGAAAAGCCUUACAGAUGCGAUCAGUGUGGAUCGGCUUUUGCCCGGCCACAUCAUUUGACGACUCACCAACGUAUUCACACUGGGGAAAAGCCUUACAGAUGCGAUCAGUGUGAGGCGGCUUUUGCCCAUCAAGGUCAUUUGACAAGUCACCAACGUAUUCACACUGGAGACAAGCCUUACAGGUGUGAUCAGUGUGGAGCGGCUUGUGCCCGGCACGAUCAAUUGACGAGACAUCAACGUAUUCACACUGGAUAAAAAUUGUACAUUUGUGAUUAUUGCUGAUAUCAUUUAUUUUGAGAGUUCAGUUAACAUGCACCAAUUAAGUUAAUUUAGUUUGAAAGAAAUAAUUGUGGUGGUUUGAUUGUGGGAAAGAUUUUGAAUAUUUAAAAAAAAAAAACCAGCAGAUUCUUACAGCUGUAAGAGCUGUUCAGUUAUAACCAGAUUUAGAAAAUGAAAUACAAGAAUUCAAUUCAAAAGUCUUUAUUUUGAACAUGAUGGUAGUGUAAGUCACAGACAUGCUCGAACAUACUUGAACAAUGAAUGCAAGAGAUUUUUUUUUUGAAACAGCAGCAGUUUUGACAUGUUCAAAAAGAAGUAAGAAGAAGUAAAAAAAACGUAUCCUACUCCUUGACGUCAAUACCAUGUUUUCACAUAGACCCUUGUUAUUAGAUGUCAAAAAUCUUGAUGUAUUGAGAAGUUACACAAAUUAAUAACAAUUUUACACAGUGUAAACAUAUUGUGGUAUACAUGAGUAUAAAUCUGCGGAUACUUGGGUGAUUAUUGCCAUUUGCAGGUACAUGUCCCUCUAUAUAAACACUAUUUACCCUGUAUUCAUCUAUACAUAAAAGCAUACAUUAUUUACCGUGUACAAUCUUAUUCAUUACGGGCAUUCUCACACAAAUAUUUCUAGAUGCAUUAAAGCAUAUAUAUGUAUAAUAGACAGAUACACGCACACCCAACGAAGAAUGAGGAAGUCAGCCGUCCCGAUCGGCCAGCAGCAAUACAAAUGAUGAGAAAAGAUAUGAGAAAUAUUUGUUGGGCCACAGUCCCAUAUGAACUAUGGAUUGUGUAAUUAUAUGAACAGUUAAGGCCUUGGGUCAGCUUUGAGUCCCAGUUCUGGGGCCUCAGGCUUAGGCUCCAGAACUCUGCAUUCCUCAACGUGAACGCCUUUGGACCGACCUGGAGCUGAAGGAGGCCCAGCUGCUCUGCCCAUGUAUUCCCCUCAUCCACACUGGUCCUCAUCUGGACCAGGAGAGAGAGAGAGACGCUCUUUAUCAAGAUCCCCUGCUGAGCGUAACUACCCUUUGUUUCAUCAAGAAACACUGACCAGCCGGAUCAAACCACUUUCUCUUCAUUUACAAAGAUUCAUGU